AUGCCAGAAUCGGUGGCCCGUUUCGCUCGCAUUUCAAUGGAAUCACGUCAUAAUACACGAAUAUGCCUUGAAGGCACUCACAUCAAUCGUCAUCUGUGCCGUUGUGGUAUUCCUGAUCCGGAAAAUCGCCCGAAGGAGACGGCGCUUUCGCUCAGUCGUCCUCGAGAAGGCAUCAAGUGGAGCGAUAAGAAUCUUGAAGAGCCGAAAGAGAAACGGAUCCAAAGUCAAAAAGCAGGCGAUCCAGUCACAGGCGUAGCAGCAGAUCGUCAAAGAGACGUCGACAUCGAGACAAGGCAAAGGCGCUAA